UCGGAAAAAGGCAUCGGGGGCAGCGCGCGUUCGUGUCGCCCAUUGUUAUCCUCGUCGCGUGUAAUGGCUACCGUAGAGUUUGUUGACGGUGCUCGGUCUGCUUGUUCGCGCAUCGGCCUAUCCUGAGCCACGGUACGCGGCGACGUGGCCCAAUCUGACGAAAAUAAAAUCGAGAAGAGCUCUACGUCGAGGUACCGCCAAUUUUAUGCAACCGAGAAACCCGCGCUUCGUAUACCAGUCGCCGCAGCCGCCACCGCGCUUGGACGACAUGAUCUGCGCGGGUCAACGCUGCUCGUUGACAAGCGUGUAACUCAAAACUGAUUUCGCGGCAUCCACAAGGGGCAAGAUUGCAGCGGCGUUGUGUUUAGUGUUAAUUUUAGCGGGAUCUAACGUAGUAAGGAGGUGUAUCAAAGCUCUAAAUCGAUCGCCAUUGAUUUUCCGCCGCGACCACGGCCCUACCGACACGAGGAACUUGUUCUCGGAUGUUGUAUAGGACGAAAUACUUAAAUCAGUUAUUAAGCUAUUACGAUCAUCAGGAAUAGUGUGACCAGCUGCGCGGCAUUCCGCGCCGCAGUCAUGGCAACUAGAAGAUCAUCCGUUUGGCACUCAGACAUGUAACCCGCGGCGCCCCUGUAGACUAUCACAUGGUCAAAGGCAACACAUCAAUGGCCCUAGAAUCAAAUGGCAACAACGUGGUGUGGUUGAACACAACCCGUCCUGAUCAAAUACAACAGAGCCAACCAAUCGAGCAGCCAGUGAAGUGUUCCAUGUUUACUCAAACCGAGCAAACCAAUAGUUUUACUCAGACGGAGCAGAGCAAUUCAAGCUACGGCGAUCAGCGACAGGUUAUUAAUUGUCAGCAAGCAGCUAUGUUUGACCCACAACAAAUACAGCAGCAGCAAGCUGCUCAAGGUCAACAAUCGCAGCAGCAACAAUCUCAGCAGAUGUAUGUUACAACAGACAAGAAAGAGGAUAAAUCCCAGCAGCAAUCAGCAACUGCGGACUUCCCUUUCUAUUACAAUGUCAACAUGCUCCAAAAGGUUCAAACAAACGCGGUGAGCACAAUCGGUGCGAUCACAACUGACGACAAGGGUUGUUAUCGUUUUGAUGUGCAACCUGUCGGUUAUAACACAUUAUUGAAUCAGAUGAGUAUUGCGGCUGCUACCAAUGCGACCUUCAAAUGUGACAUUUGUGGUUUGGUCUUUGGGCACAUGAGUUUGCUGAAUCAUCACAAACGGAUUCAUAAUACAACACCUAGUAAUCUUCAGCAACAGUCACAACAAGUUGUUGUACAAACACCCACAACAGUUACUGUUGCAACUACACCAGAAAGACCAUAUACCUGUGAUGUGUGUGGAGCUUGUUUUGCAUUACCAGGAGAAUUAAAAAGUCAUAAGACAAAUAUGCAUCAAAAACCAAAGGUGCAAAUAUGUGAAGAUUGUGGCAGUGAGGACCCCUGUGAACAUCAUCCUACUAAAAUUAAAAAGACUAUCAAACCUGGUCAUCAUCCUGUGAAACGAAGGGGUGUUACCAGUGUUACUAAGUGUCAUAAAUGUAAUGGCACAGGAAUAAUUUUCAUUGGCGGUAAACAGAACAGUCAAAAUCAGGCAGAGAAGCCAUUUCAUUGUAAUGUUUGUGAUGGAACAUUCUCCAGAUAUUCGUCACUUUGGUCACAUAAGAGACUUCAUUCUGGGGAUAAACCUUUCAAGUGUGAAGUUUGUGGCUUAGCUUUUGCAAAAGCUGCAUAUCUAAAAAAUCAUGGACGAGUGCAUACUGGUGAAAAACCGUUUAAAUGUAGUGUUUGUGGUAUGCAGUUCUCGCAAAGUCCUCAUUUAAAGAAUCACGAGAGAAUUCAUUCUGGUGAACGUCCUUAUCAGUGUGAAGUGUGUGAAAAAACAUUCGCCAGACAUUCGACCCUUUGGAAUCACAGAAGAAUUCAUACCGGUGAAAAACCUUAUAGAUGUAAUAUAUGUGGUUCGGCCUUUAAUCAAGCUACACAUUUGAAAAAUCACGCGAAAGUUCAUACUGGUGAAAAGCCACACAGAUGUGAUAUAUGUGAGAUUGGAUUUUCCGAUCGCUUUGCAUUAAAACGUCAUCGUGCAAUUCAUGAAAAGUACGGUCAAACUGCCCGAAAUCAAAAUGCAAAUAAUCCAAGUAACGCACAGCAAGCGAAUGCGAGUAAUCAGCAGCAACAGCAACAGCAGCAGCAGCAGCCCCAGCAAGCACAGCAAGGUCAACAGGUUGUCGUAGUGAAUGCCACGACUCCUGUUACCGUGAGUCAAGGUCAAGGGCAAGCGGUAAUGCUCGAAGAAGUCUACAAGUGUCAGGUGACCUUCCCAGAGCCUAAAUGAUUCAGCUAGAGAAUACCUUUCAGGAGCUGGUAAAGGGGUUAAUUUUUUAACCUUUUUAAACAAAAAAAAAUACUAAUUAACAUUGAGAAUGCGAUAUACGUAUGUGCGAACGUAUACAAAAAAAAAAAAUGUAAAGGGAAACGUGGACAACAUUCAGCAAGAGGCAAGUUUCCAGAGUGGCUGGCAGCACGCUUUCUGUGCAGAUUCUGUGGGAGGAUUAUUUGGUGACAGUCGGGUAUAUCUUAAAUAAAAAAACAAAUGAAAAAAGGGUAUCAUUAAAAGAGCAAAAAAAAAGAAAGACUCAGCGAUGGUUUGCGCGAGUGAGUAAUUUUCAUAGAACGUGACUCGGAAGAGUACGGCUCGUAAAAAAUCGGAACACUCU